UCGCCAAUAGAGACUGCAGUCACCGACUAUCCCUCUCAAUGCAGUCUCAUGAUUUAGCUUUACACAUCCACCACACAUCAAAGUGCCUGACAGAAGGAGAUUCACAGAGAGAUACGUAGAGGAGGACAGCGCAGCACAAGGCAAACUGACUGGCGAUCAUCUGGGCACACAUUCUCCAUGCCUCCAGUUUACCUGCUCCUGGUGCUCGUGUAUUUAAGUUGUUUCAGCCGGGGAUACAGCCAUUCGCAUGAGAGACUCAGAGAGUUGAAUACGGAGUUUGCUGUCAGGCUUUACCGGACGUUAGUGGACACAGAAAACAGGACUAACUUAGUGGUCUCCCCAAGUAGUGUGGCCAACUCUCUGGGGUUACUGCAGUUUGGAGCUCGAGGAAGCACCUUGACUCAGAUAGAAAAUGUACUGGGAUACAAUGUUCAUGAUGAAUCUGUACAAAAUUUCAUAAAAGCGAUGCACAAGGAACUAGCCAACUCCAGCCAGGAAACAUCCAUACGCUUGGCGUGUGCCUUGUUUGUGCAGACCGGGACUUCCCUCUCUGCACAGUUUAUUGAAAAUGCUGCACUAUGGGCAAACAGCAGCCUUCAACAGGCUAACUUCAGUCAGCAAACCUGGACAGCAAGUCAGAUCAAUCAGUGGGUUACCAGAAGCACAGGAGGUGGGAUACAGACCCUUGUGCCCUGUGGACCUGUUGUGCCGGGUUUUACACAAAUCACACUUGUGAGCACAAUGUACUUUAGAAGCAGAUGGAAAACCAAAUUCUCUUUCACAGACACACAGAUGCUGCCUUUUAUCAGCACGGAUGGGUCGGUGGUAAAGGUUCCCAUGAUGCAUCAAACUGCAGAUGUUAACUAUGGCCAGUUUGAAACCACUUCUUUUAAGAAGUUUACCAUAGUGGAGCUGCCUUACCUGGGGAAUACAGUCAGUAUGUUUGUGGUACGGCCCACAGACAAGAAUACACCAUUAUCUUCCAUUGAAGCAAGCUUGACAUCAAAGAGCAUAGCACUGUGGACCAGCUCCAUGAAGAAAUUCAAAAUGGACAUCUUUAUGCCCAGAUUCAAAUUGCAAAGCCACAGUGACUUAAAAGUGGUAUUACCAGCCCUGGGAGUCUUGGAUCUUUUUGAUCCAAGGAAAGCUGAUUUUAAAGGGAUGUCAGAGGAGAGCAAUGUGUACGUCUCUCAAGCCAUUCAUAAAGCGGAAAUCGAAGUGGCAGAAGAUGGUACGGGAGCCUCAGGAGUUACAGCCAUGGUGUUGCUGAAGAGAUCCCGCAUGCCCGUAUUUAAAGCAGACAGACCAUUUUUCUUUUUUCUAAGGCAAGCCAGCUCAGGCUCGGUGCUAUUCAUCGGGAGGGUCACCAACCCCUUCCAUUGAACAUACAUUCUAAGCAUGCGUUGUGAAGACAAAUCACAGUACUGUUGUAUUUAUUA